AUGAUAGAUAGUAGGGUUCCUCUAUACCACAAAAACAAAAACCGAGGACCCCAACAAGCUCCUAUUCGGAACCUCCACAGGGUGGCAAAGUGUGGUAAGGGGGAGGGCGGCGCCCUUUGCUGUAGAAGAUCGAGAAAGGUUGUGUCGGGCAAUUAUACCAUUCUAGGCUUAACCGAGGCUAUAGCCUUCUUUGCUUUUAGAGGUGAACUCCGAACAGGGCCAUUCUCCUUCUCCCUUGCGGGAACGAGAUUAUCUGGGGAUUCCUAUUCUAUUCCUAUUGACUCUUCGCCGUCUACAACACAAAAAGUUUUGAUUGUAUCUGAAAUAAAGGACAGUCCAUCAGCAUCCUUUAAGCUAAGACUAAGGAAUGGUGGAAGUGAGACAGACGACGAAGCUACAUCAAUCACCGCAGCGUCUGAGUCAGCGGCAUUAUUUAUAGGGGGAAGCCUAAUCCGCUCUUUGAAGGACAAAGAUGCCACUGCUCUUAGCAAGAAUGGCAUUGAUGCGGAUUCACAGUGUUGA